AAAAUCGCAAUUACGGAACGAAACAGAAUUUGUCAAUGUCAGAUCAAAACAUUAGUGACACGUAACUUCACAUAAUUAAAUUUGCUUUUUGUGACCUCCAAAUGUGAAAAAUCGCAAAAAUACACACAUGUUCCGAUCGUUUCUAAAGUUUGAAAAUGUCAGAUAAAUGUUUUGGUGACUACACGACCAGGAAUGUUGUGAAAAAUCCACUCUUGUCCUCAGCCGUAACUGGACUAUCUAUUGAAGAUUUGACGCACAAUGCAGUUUUGUUACCCGCUAUUCCUAGCCAGGAACUGAUGGCAAGACAAGAUCAAACCGAGACUCAAAUGAGACCCUUGCAGCACUCCGACCGCGUAACCUUCAAUCUUCCGUCUGGCGACGCGAACAUAAACACGACACACUUAAAUGCACCUCAAAACACAAAUCCAAAUAUUUUAUAUACAAAUAAACAUUUAUAUAAAAGUAGUAACACAAACUCGAGCUCAUCGAAAGCCUCGACGAAAUCCGAUGACGAUUUUGACGUUAAUGAAUACUUUGCACGAUUACAAGGCACGCGGUACGUGAGUGCACCGCUGAAUAGUAAUAUCAAAGAGGAUCAGAACGAUCUCCAAGCCGAGGAUAACCUCGAGGAGAUAAAUUUAAAUGAACCAGAUAAAGUACAGGGUGUCGAUGAUGUCCAGCAUAGCAUAACGUCAGAUAUAGCGCAGAAUUUCUCUCAACUACCGACCGUUUUGCCUCAAGUUGCGAGUGCGGUUUUCAGUUCGUUUUCGAACAUGCUGAACAUGAAAAGCAGAGAGCAAACUCCGGAUGAAAGGCAAUAUCAAGAGACACAUGCAACGAGCACGCAAUUCUGUGUACCAGACGUGACGAUGCAAGUUGCACCACCGCCGCUAAAGGAGCCCCCGUCAAUUGGUACAGCGUCAAAUUACCGAAUCACGACGAAGAAGAAAGUAUAUGCACAAAUACCAGGCUUGAGUUCUGGUGACAGUCACGUACAUUUCAAUCCACCAACGAAUCAAAGUGCUCCUCCGUACUUCGUAGAAGCUAAUGCUAACGCUCAAAUAGCAGAUAUACACGAUGUUGGUAGUCAAAUUAAUGAUGUAUCAAUAGGACUUGGUGCACCACACUCAGUAUUAACCCCGCAAAUGAUACCAGACGGACAGAAUGCACAUAAUCAAAAAGGAAUUGAUGACAAAAAAUCUACGUUUAAUGCAUUGAAUCCUUUAGCUAGUGAUAUGACUGAUACAGCUAAAGCUUCUAGUGAUUUAGUAUCGCUGCACGAUAGUGAAACUUUAACAACGUUUGAACAAGAAUCGACUGCGCUCCAACCGAUUGUAACCCCGCAAAUGCCACAACCGGCAGCGACUAUCAUUCCUCCGCCUCCAAUGUUUUCUAAUUUACCCCGAAGGGACGGUCAAGCAUCUGCUGGGAAGUCGGUCUUACCACCGUCCGUUGCAAGGCGGAUUUCGGGAAAUCAACCAAUAUUGAAAACUCAAGUGCCUCCAAGUGUGAUGCAUGAAAAUAUUUUCGUUCCAAUUAUGCCGCCAGAGCCAAAUGUUGCGUCGAGUUUUGGAGUUGUUUCGUCAAUGCAUAAUUAUGGUCAAACGUUUGAUCCAACUAGCAAUAUUGAAACUAUUAAUACAACCCAAAAUAGAGGCCAUCAAGUAGAAAUUGAUCAAAACGUCCAGAAUUUGCCGUCUAUGAGUAUAUUACAACCAGCGAUGUAUAUAUCAGAUUUAGCAAACGCAACAUUAUCAGACGCUAAGGUCCCAUUUAAAGCCAAUAAUUCUAAAGAAUUGGAUAUCUCUGCGGACUCUGUAAAUACAUCACUAAAUCAAAAACAUAUAGAUACUUUUGUAUCUCCUACUUUAUAUAACCCACCAGCAGAAAUACCUAAUAUAUCAUAUAAUCCUUUAGCACCUAGUUUAUCUCAGAUCACGUCACCGGAAACUAAAGCUCCUCCAGCGUUUUAUAAUCCGCUUCAAUCUGAUUUUGUUACUUCAUUUAAGAAAGAAGAGAAUAAAGAUAUUUCAACCGUCCCUCAAAAUAUUUUAUCUGAACACUUCGGUAAUUUGCAACCUGAACUUCAGAAACCAAUUCAGGAACCACCGAAGCUAUCUGGUAAUCUAAGCUAUAGAAUGUCGAAGAAGAAACCACAGUAUUAUUCUGGACCGAUUGAAGGCGUAGGGAGUAUAAGCAAUAAUAUAAAACCAAUAAUUGACCCCGUUGCAGCAAAUUCUUUUCAGGGGUCUCUAUUUACUCCGGAUCAAAGUACAGCAACCGCUCAAAAUACAAUGUAUCCAGAUUAUAGUAUGAAUAGUUUUCAAAAACAUACGCCAUUUGAUAUUAGUAAACCAGCUAGUAUAGAAACAUAUACGGCUUACGGCCCUCAAAAGCACAAUGAACAAAUACAACCAGAUUAUAAUACAGCUUUUGAUUUAAGUAGACAAACAACGGAGAAGCACGAAGAACCACAAGAGUCUAGAGGAUUUGGAAUUAUUGGAUCAUUGAAAUCUAAACUUAGCUCUUUAGAUAUUAAUAAGAUCCAAAAUACAGUAACCACUUUCUUUGAUCCAGCAUACAAUGCAGUCGAUAGCAACACUAAACAAGAAAUUGAUCCAUAUGGCUAUCAAAAUAUGCCUCAAAGCUACCCCAGUUAUCCCCAGAGCGAUGGUGCUACUCUAGAGGUUUUUGUACCUACCAUGAAUCAAGAGCAAGCUUCAUCGAAUCCAUAUUCAUACCAAAUGGGACCUAACCAAUCAAAUGAUCCAACGAAUCAGUAUUAUCCAACACACGAUAAUUAUGGCAAUCAAAAUUUACCGCAGACUAAUACUAGUUCGAAUUACUAUGCAGGAUGGUAUGGUGACUAUAAUCAGCAACAUUCUCUACAAGCAGAACAUUUCCAAGGAGUGACAGGUCUUUCACAAGAAGGUUAUGUAGAAAGUGAUCAAAUAAUUGAUAAGACAACAAUUAAAGCUAUAGAAGAAAUGCAAUCGACGUUCAACAAAGAUAAUGUAUCUUCACUUCAAAAAUCUGAAUCACACAAGCACGAGCCAAUCGCGUUAAUCAAUAAUUCGCAGACAGCAGAAGUGAGCAACGUAUCCAUAAUUUUUGACAAUCGACAAACGACUGGACAAAUUGUGCCAGAGCACAAAGAAAUAUUAGAAAUCAACAAACAAAAUAUAGAUACAGAAAAUUUUAAAUCUUUUCAAGUAACUUUGGAUCCAACAUCAAAAAGUUUUUUUGACAAUCCACAGUUAGAUAUUCUAUCUAAUGACAAAUCAAGAACAAAACUGAAUGAAUUGCCUAGCUUAUCAAAUGAUGAAAUUAUCCAAUCAAAUAAUUCAUUAAAAUGUAUUUUUGAUAAUUCAUUAUCACUAGAAAAUUCAACAAAAGAAAAUAAAAUUGACAAUUCUCGUGACUACGAAUCGGAUUUCAUUAGUGAUAUACCUAAAAUAUCACAAGUAUUUACUGAUCCUUCAUCCAAAGGUUUCUUUGAUAAACAAACAUCAAUUGUUUUACCAUUCGCAAUUAAAAAACCUGAUGAUUUAAAACUAGUCACUAAGGAUGACAGUUCAUCAGUUGAUGUACAAGCAAAAGGUUUAAAUCAAUCUGAACCAGAAAUAAGCAGUACUAAAGAUAAUGUUCCAAAUAUACAUAGCCAAUUUGGUGUGAUUACUCAAACAGAGACUACAAAGAUACCGGAAGAUUGUAUGACGAUAAAAAAACCAGGAUUUAAAACUGUGUCUGAUUUCAAACCAACCAAUAUUAUUGGGGGUGAAACGACUGAACAUUUGUCUUCUAUAAUAAGACCGCAAGAAUCAGUUGAUGUGAAUGCAACUACAUUUUCAUUAUUCGAACAGUCUCCUAUCAUUCCUUCUGUACCUUUAUUUAAUCUUCCAUCUUUAUCAUCAAUAUCCUUAUCUGAUUCUGUUAAAGAUGCUAACAUAAAUGAUAUUGAAACAAAAUUGGAAAAUGUAUCUUUGUUUGAAAAUUCAGGUGCAGGAAUAAUUCCACAAACGAGCUACAAUUUAUUUGGAAAUGUCGGAAGUAGUGAAAUCAAACCUGAUUUGCAAGAAAAUCAAGUUUCUGAUUUAAAUACUUAUGUAUCUUGCAGGGAAGUUAGUGUGCCAGAAGAAAAUAAAGUCGAUGACCUUACAAAACAGUUAAUAGAAAAUGUAACAGCUCCAAUACAAUUAGAAAACCCUGUCUUAUAUCCAGUGUUACACGAUGAUGCUGAAACGGUAGAAAUAUCUGAUUACUCGAAACCAUUAGUAGAUAUAUCUCUUAUUGCACAGAAUAUUUUAGGAAGUAUGAUUAUACCGCCACCAACAGACCUCCUUGAUGAUAUGAGUGGUAACAAUCCAAUUUUAAAUUAUCCCUGGCCGAUCAACAAGCCCCACGCGUCAGAAGCUCAAUUGGAUUAUGAUUAUAAUUUUCCGUUAGAUUCUAAUCCUAUUGGAUUUCUUCAAGAUAAAUCUUUAUUUUUAGAAAAUAUACCUACAAACGCUUGUGAUGAAAUAAAAGCUGAAUACAAAAAUUCUCAAGAGGAAACUGCUAUACUAACUCAUCAAAUUAGUGUUCCUUCUGCUCCACCUGAAGAGGAUACAAUAUCAGACGAAAGCGGCUUAGAUGUUCAUUCAAUAGAAUUAGACGCUAAAAAAGACUUUCCUUUAUUCGAGGAUUUCGUUAUAGAACCAUCUGAAACUGAUGACGAUAAAAUAGAAUAUAGAGAACAGAAAAGAUGUUCAGAUGAUCCCGCACAAGAUGUCGAUACGUUUACUAACAGAGUUGAAAGAUUCAAAAAAAUGGAAAAUACUCCUGAUUCUAACGAUAAUACCCAAGAAAUACGGAAAGAAUUUAAACCCUUUGAUUUACCAACAUCGACUAGUCCAGCGUUAACUAUAGCUUCUUACUUUGACACGGGAAAUUAUGCAGUUGAAAAUCAUUAUAAAAAUUCUAUAACAUCACCCACGACUAUAAGCUCAUUCAAUACGAGUACAACUAAUCAAAUGCGAAUACCUCCAGGCUUUGAAGAUGAAUAUCGAAGAAGACUCAGUGGUGUUUCAUCCCAUGAUUUAUUAUGUAGUCUUAAUAAUCAGAUCGCUUACAUUCCUGACACUUCGAAAAACAUUCAUUUGAAUCAAAUAUUUACCCAAGAAACUGAUAACUUGGACGAUGAAAUCAUUUGUGAUUCGAAAGUUGAAUCUAUGGUUGAAAAAUUGAUAGAUGAUGAUAGUUCUCCUACUAAAAGCGAAAUAGUACCAAUUUCAAAUACCAUUGAACCUCGUUCAGAAAACGCUGAUGAUGUUCUUAUAGAUAAACCUUCAGAAGAUACAAAGGUUGAAACAUUACCUGAACCUGUCGUAGAUAUAUCUUCAGAAGAAACAAAAGUUGAACCAUCACGUGAACCUGUUUUAGAUAGAUCUUCAGAAGAAACAAAAGUUGAGCCUUUACCUGAUCCAAUAAACUUCUUCUCAUCAAAUGUAGAAAGUACAGAAGAAUCGGAGGCCUACGGCGAUUUCAGUAGACUAUCGAGCUAUUUUAAGACGCCACCAAAACCAGAUCAUUCGAAGUCUUUUUUUGAAUUGAGCGAGUCCCAAAACCAUUACAGACAUAAAUCAAAUGACGAAACACGCAAUACAAUCCAAAAUAAUGUUAAUAAUUUCUUUAAAAACACACCCACAACAAAUUCGACACACAUUCCACAAAAUCAUUUAGCAAAUAUGGCAUUAAUUCGCGACUUAACAUCACCUAGUAACUUAAACCCAAACGACGAUACAGUUAAAACAGUCAAUUAUUUCACAGUCGAAUAUAAUUUUAACCAUCCAAUUGAAAUAAACUCAAGUGAACCAAUAAACGUUGAUAGAAAAGAAGCUACGACGCCACAAAAUAACGAAACAUUGAAAAUAGGUGAAUCGUCAAAAGAUUCAGUUGUUAAUUGUAAAUAUUAUUAUAAUAUGAUCGAUAGCACAAACAUUGUUGACAAUACAGGUUAUAACGUUAAACAGACCAUGGAAACGAAUUCUGAUAGUAAAAAGGAUACGAAAACAAUGAAUACUAGAAGCGAAAAUGUUGUUAAAAAAUCUGCGACUGUUAAUUUCUGCGAGCAAUCCUAUCAAGAUGAAUCUGAUGACAAAAUCGUUGUGUUGUCUGAGAAUCGAGCUACAUCCGAACAUGCACCGGUCAAGCACCACUGGUUCUAUCAAGUAGAUUCCGAGGAGAGGUUCUUUUGGAAAGGAUUCUCACUCACGGAUUCCAGGGCUUUGGAGAAUGCGUUUAAUAGUCCCGACUUAAACGAGAACACUCUCGUGGCUACCGACGGCGGCCGGUACGACGUGAAUGUGAUGGGACGACUGAAGAUAGCCGUCUACUGGGAAGAUAAGCCCACGAAUGUUAUGAGGUGCAGCUGGUUCUACAAAGGCACAACGGACGCUAGAUACGUACCAUAUGCUGAAACGAUCGCAGAGAAACUUGAGGAGGAAUACAUCCACGGGAUAACCACUGGUGAAUGGCACAGGCGACUCGUGUUGCCAAACAACGAGCUGGUCGUGAUGCACGGACCGGCUGUGAUGGUCCACUUCCUGCAGAACAGCGCCAACGAUGCGUUCAGCUCAUCACCACAAUCAAUGAUGCGUCCUCGCGUGGUUCGUCGCGGGUUCGUCGAAUCCGAAAUCGAGGACACGGAGCCUUCGAGUAUCGACCACCUGCUGCUGCUCUGCCACGGCGUCGGAUCAGCUUGUGAUAUGCGCUUCCGACCAGUCGAAGAAGUUGUGGACGACUUUAGAGCUACGAGUCUUCAGCUGAUACAGUCCCAUUACAAAAAUUCAUAUGAUAGUGGAUUAGUGGGCAGAGUUGAGGUGUUGCCAAUAUCCUGGCAUUCGAGUCUACAUUCGGGAACGACGGGCGUCGACAGGCGUCUAGCAGCCGUCACCCUAGAGAGCAUACCGCGGUUAAGAAACUUCACGAACGAUACGAUACUCGACGUACUGUUUUACACGAGCCCUGUCUUUUGUCAGACAAUAAUAAACACGGUCUGCAGCGAGCUGAAUCGUAUUUACAGUCUCUUUAGGUCAAGAAACCCAGACUUUAAGGGUGGGGUGUCCCUCGGGGGGCAUUCCUUGGGCAGCGUAAUCCUCUAUGACCUGCUGUGCCAUCAGAUGCCGAAGGGUGUUCCAAUGUCGGAACAGGAGCAGUACGUGACGGGCCCGGCCGGCACCGGUCAGCCGUGCGUCAAGUAUCCGAGCCUCGAAUUCGUACCGGACGCGAUGUAUGCCCUUGGAAGUCCAAUCGCGAUGUUCAACUGCAUACGAGGCGUCGAAACUCUCGGAAAAGACUUCCACUUUCCGACCUGCAAGAAUUUCUUCAACAUAUUCCACCCCUACGAUCCGAUCGCGUACAGAAUCGAACCGAUGAUCAAUCCUGAGCUGAGAGACGUGAAGCCGUUCCUCAUUCCUCACCACAAAGGGCGGAAACGUAUGCACUUGGAGCUCAAGGACACGAUGGCGCGCGUCGGCGCGGACAUAAAACAGAAACUGAUCGAGUCCAUAAAAAACACGUGGUCCAGCAUGUGGAAGACGCAGCCUCCCCCGGAUCAGCAUCUCGAGAAGGUUGUCGAAGAGGAAAUGGAGAAAGAAGAAUUGAACGCCGAACCCAAGGACGAAACCAACCAAGAAAACUUUGUGACGGCGGACAUGCUCGGCAAGCUAAACGAUGGCCGUCGUGUGGACUACGUGCUGCAAGAGGCGCCGUUUGAAAUGAUCAAUGAAUAUUUGUUCGCUAUGAGGAGCCACGUGUGCUACUGGGAGUCCGAAGAUACGAUGCUCGUGAUGCUGCGGGAGAUAUACGAUGCCAUAGGCGUCUCCCCGGACUGCAGCCUCCCCCAACAGACACUAACUGUGCACAGGAGCAAGACGAUACUAGAAGACAACGAUGUUGCGAAACAUACAGAUUACCCGUCAACAAGCCGAAGCAGCUUGUGACUCUAUACGGAAACUUUAAAAUUUUUAGUUUAAUAUAUUUAAAGACCAAAAUAAAUAACAAAAAAAAUUGUAUAUUUUCAUUAAAAGUUAUAUGAAAUAAUAAUCGCCUUAUUUAUUGCGAAUUAAAUAUAUAUUACUGAAUGAAUUCAAUAAUUAUAUCAUAUAUUUAUUAUUUUUAAUAUAUACUAAAAUUGUACUGAAAUUGAAAACACAGUCAGACUUAUUUUCCGGUCGAAAGCGUUUUAUAAACAAUAUUAGUUUAAUGUCAGUAUUCUUUCAUACUGAAGAAUACACAGACAAUCCAAGAUGGCGUCCAAUGAUGAUUGAAUCCAAGUUCUGUCACAAUGAUAAAUAUGGCGGUUAAAUUUCAUAUUUAAAAAAAUAAACUGUCAAAAACAAACCGUUGCUAAUCGAAAUUCAAUUUUGAAUAAAAUUUUUAUAUCUAUUGAAAAUAAUUUACAAACAGUUCUUCAUUAAUAUAUUUUCCACUUAAAUAGUUAUAUAAACUUUAAUUUAACUUCCAAAGUUCGAAUAACUUCGGCGACAUUUAAAACGUCAUUUACGAAUCCACAAUGAACACCACAGUUUAUCAAAUCUCGAACAAUGACGUCAUUCA